AUGGCUAAUUGUCACAAAAUUGUCAAGAAGAUUUGGUUCUUACAAGUAUAUUAUGAUGUCAUAUGCAGUAUUCUCAAUUGUGUAUGGUGUGGUGGAGAUACUGGCUCAACCGGUGAAGUGUCCCAAGUUGAAAUCAUUUUUUUUCUGAAAUUCCAGACAACACAUACUUAUGGUAAAUGCAUCUUGUGGUAUGUGGACAGCUUUUUGAAAUAUGAAAAGUCUAUUGCACUCGUGUUGGCCGGGUUGUACUGUGCAUCGUUUGUAUUAUGUAUAUCUCAACUGGCCACUCAUUUUAUCUAUCGCUACAUUGCAAUAUGCAGACCCGAAGAUUUGUCUCAAUUACAAGGCGUCCGUCUCCUCCGACUCUAUAUCCUUCCCAUCAUCUUUUCUAUUGUGUGGUAUUUCGUUGUGACCGUUCUAGUCGCCCCAACGGCUCGAAAAGAUGAGUAUAUGAGAGAAUCUAUCAAUGAAGCCUAUGGGGAAGACAUUUCAAGACUCAGUUACCUCGGAGUUUUAUAUUUUUACAAGAAUGAAUCAAGCGGCAAAACAGUUAUUGGUUGGCCAGAUUUUACAUUUAGCGCGUGCGCUUGUGGUAUCAUGCAAACUUGCAUUAUCACAAUGGUCAUCUGCGGGUGGAAAACAUGUCGAAAAUUGGGAAGUCUUGAGGGAUCGAUGAGUAAGAAGACAAAAGAACUGAAUGUUCAAUUAUUCCGCACCCUUGUCUUACAGACCCUCAUCCCUCUAUGCACUAUGUUUGCCCCCCUUGGCAUUGUGAUAGUCCUCCCAAUGUUUUCGAUUACUGUGGGAAAAUUAGAGAAUAUUCCCAGCUUAUACGCAGGGUUCUACCCGGCACUGGACGCGUUGGUCGUCAUUUUUAUGACAAGAGAUUUUAGGAAUACUGUUUUAUGUCGGAAAGCGGAGGUUUCGAUCAUCACUCCAGCAACUCAAAAUCCAUCAAAUUAUGUCAAUGGAGACCAACAUGGGAACCAGUUUUUAAGAAGCGGUAGACAUACUGGUCCAGGUUAG